GGUUCGAUAUGAUGGUCCCGGUGAAGGUAGCGUUCAUCCUAUUUGUGUUGGCUCGAAUAGACACAGUUCUAAGUGCUGAAACGGCGCGUUAUGACCACUAUCGGGUAUACCAAGCAAUACCAAACACCCAAGAGCAGUUGAAGACUUUAGAUCAGCUCAGAUCAUCAAGUGAUAGUUUUAUUUUUCUCGAAGCUGGCACUAAAGUUGGCGAUGAAUUCAACAUUGUCGUUGCGCCUCAUAAGUUGGCAGAUUUUACCGAAACCAUGGAAAGUGCAGAAAUUUGCGUAAAAGUGCUCGAAACGGAUCUGCAGCUCCCCAUUGAUGAGGAACGAAAUCGAAUGCAGUCGAAGCGAACCAAAGGAGUUUUCGAUUGGACUGAAUAUCAGGAGUUGGAUGAUAUUCACAAAUGGUUGGAUAAAUUGGCCACGGAAUAUCCACAGGCCAAAGUGAUUGAGGCGGGGCGUUCGUACGAGAAUCGAACCUUGAAAGGCCUUAAAGUGUCGUAUAAGCCGGGGAAUCCUGGAAUAUUCCUGGAAGGAGGAAUACACGCACGUGAAUGGAUAUCUCCCGCAACAGUCACCUAUAUACUGAACCAAUUACUUACCAGUCAAGAUCCUAGUGUGAGAGAUAUCGCCGUAAACUACGACUGGUAUGCUGUCCCAAGUGUCAACCCUGAUGGAUAUGUGUACAGCCAUAAGAGGGAUCGCCUCUGGCGAAAAACACGGACCCGAUUUUCGGGGGGUUGCUACGGUGCCGACCCAAACCGUAAUUGGAAUUUCCAGUGGGCAAGACAAGGCGCUAGUCAUCGAUGCACCUCGGAUGCGUAUGCAGGGCCGCGUCCAUUCUCGGAAAUAGAAACCAGAAGCCUAUCGGAAUACAUUGAAUCGCUUAGUGGAAAAAUCCACGCAUAUAUAGCAUUCCAUUCAUACUCUCAGCUGCUUCUGUUUCCCUAUGGACACACCAGUGAUCACGCGCCAAACCACGAUGACCUAAGUGCGAUCGCGAAUGCUACCGUGAAAUCACUGGAGAAACGUUACGGAACCAAGUAUGAUUACGGUAACACAUACGACGCUAUCUAUCCUGUCAGCGGUGCUAGUGCCGAAUGGGCAUAUGGAGUUCAGAACAUUAAAGUUGCUUACACGUACGAGCUAAGACCGACGCGUUCGUUCUUCGGUUUUGUGUUACCUCCUGCACAAAUAAUUCCCACUGGUGAAGAAACGCUAGACUCGCUGGUCACACUAUUGGCAGAAUCUUCGAAGCGGGGUUAUUUCAAUCUAUGACAUGAUUUAAAAAAUUCUAUGAUUAAGUUGAAUAUUA